CUUUUCUCCUCUCUCUCUCUCGAUCCCUACCGCGAUGUUUGCCGAGGGCGGAGAGAGGGGCGUUCCGGGUGGCCGCCCCCUGGAUCUGAGUGCGGCGUCGAGGAUUUGGCCCAACUAUUUCCCGCAGGUGGAGUUCGCCUUGGAGGAUCGCAAGGUCAAGCUCGUCGCGUUGCUUGCUGAUUUCUUCUGCACACCCCAGGCCGAUCCUUUCCUUUCUCAGGUGCAAGAUGAUUGUGGCAACUUCUUUCUCCCCAUUGACAUGCAGCAUUUCCAGAAGGCAUGUGGAGUUGAUGAAUAUUAUGCCGUUUUGGAGGAAGCACCUAAGGAAGCUCUGUCAUGCAUGGGUGCUGCAGUUCACAUGGUUCUCUCAACAAAGAAGAUUAAUUAUCAUUUGGAGGACGCAGAGAAAAUAAACAUUAGGCUAUAUAACCACCCUGAUUCAAUGAUCACUUUAAAGAACUUGAAAGCUGCAUAUAUAGGGAAGCUAGUUUCAGUGCGUGGUUCUGUUGUCAAGGUCAGCACAACCAGACCUUUGGUUCUGCAGAUGGAAUUUGCAUGUGGAAAGUGUGGAACUGUUAUUGCGCGUGUAUUCCCUGAUGGAAAGUUUUCUCCUCCAGUAGCUUGCAGCAUCCAUGGAUGCAGGAGCAGAACUUUUAUGCCAAAUAGAUCUACUGCAAAACUGAUAGAUUUUCAGAAAAUAAGAGUCCAGGAACUUCUUAAAUCUGAAAAUCAUGAAGAGGGUCGGGUGCCUCGAACUGUUGAGUGUGAAUUGGCUGAGGAUCUUGUUGAUUCUUGCAUUCCUGGUGAUGUUAUAACAGUUACUGGAAUUAUAAAAGUAAUUAAUAAUUACAUGGACAUUGGAGGAGGAAGGUCCAAAAACAAGAAUCAGGGGCUGUAUUAUCUAUAUCUGGAAGCAGUUUCUGUUAGAAACUCAAAAUCUCAGAGUACUGAGGAUGUUCGUGUAACUAAUUCUGAAAGUGGAGCUUAUAUGCUGUUUGAUUUUUUUUCUUUUUCACCCAGAGAUCUUGAAUUUAUUGUGAAAUUCUCUGAGGAGCAUGGUUCUGACAUAUUCCGUCAGAUAGUUCAUUCUUUCUGCCCCUCUAUCUAUGGGCAUGAACUUGUGAAAGGUAUGCUUAUUUUCAUUGACGAUAUGUGCUGUUAUGCGGAAUUAUUCUAA